GGGGCGCGAGCGGCUCGGGUAAUGGCAGCGCUGUGAGGAGGGGAGCGGGGCAGGGACUGCGGCCGCAGGGCAGGGAGCGAGGGAGGCCGGCGGGUGGGCGUCGCUGACUCGGGCCUCCUUGCCGCCAGAUUAACACUAAAGCCCCACAAUGUCCUUGAAACCACGAGUAGUUGACUUUGAUGAAACAUGGAACAAACUUCUAACAACAAUUAAAGCUGUUGUUAUGUUGGAUUAUGUUGAAAGAGCAACGUGGAAUGAUCGCUUCUCAGACAUUUAUGCUUUGUGUGUGGCCUAUCCUGAACCUCUUGGAGAGAGACUUUAUACUGAGACUAAAAUUUUUUUGGAAAAUCAUGUACGCCAUUUGCACAAGAGGGUUCUGGAAGCUGAAGAACAAGUCCUGGUUAUGUAUCACAGAUACUGGGAAGAGUAUAGCAAAGGGGCAGACUAUAUGGACUGUUUAUACAGGUACCUCAACACACAGUUUAUUAAGAAGAACAAAUUGACUGAAGCUGAUCUUCAGUAUGGUUAUGGAGGAGUGGAUAUGAAUGAACCAUUGAUGGAAAUAGGAGAGCUAGCUCUUGAUAUGUGGAGAAAAUUAAUGAUUGAGCCACUACAGGCCAUCCUUAUUCGGAUGCUCCUCCGAGAAAUAAAAAACCCAAGCACUCCUCCUACAAGGCAAGCUGAAUAUCAACUUGCGCAUUUUUGUUUCAACACAACAGGAAGCCGACAAGAUCUCAAAUUUGAUCGCUGUGGAGAAGACCCAAACCAGAAAGUAAUCCAUGGGGUUAUUAACUCCUUUGUUCAUGUUGAACAGUAUAAGAAAAAAUUCCCCCUAAAGUUUUAUCAGGAAAUUUUUGAGUGUCCUUUUCUGAAUGAAACAGGGGAGUAUUAUAAACAAGAAGCUUCAAAUUUAUUGCAAGAGUCAAAUUGCUCACAAUACAUGGAGAAGGUUUUAGGUAGAUUAAAAGAUGAAGAAAUGCGAUGUCGGAAGUACUUGCAUCCCAGCUCAUAUGGGAAAGUGAUUCAUGAAUGCCAACAGAGAAUGGUAGCAGAUCACUUGCAGUUUCUACAUGCAGAAUGUCACAAUAUUAUCAGACAAGAGAAAAGAAGUGACAUGGCAAAUAUGUAUACUCUACUUCGUGCUGUGUCAAGUGGUUUACCUCAUAUGAUUCAGGAACUACAAAACCAUAUCCAUGAUGAGGGCCUUAGAGCAACCAGCAAUCUUUCUCAGGAAAAUAUGCCAACUCAGUUUGUGGAGUCAGUUUUGGAAGUACAUAGUAAAUUUGUUCAACUCAUCAACACUGUUUUGAAUGGUGAUCAACACUUUAUGAGUGCCCUUGACAAGGCUUUGACGUCAGUAGUUAACUAUAGGGAGCCCAAGUCGAUCUGCAAAGCGCCUGAGUUGCUGGCCAAGUACUGUGACAACUUGUUGAAGAAAUCGGCAAAAGGAAUGACAGAAAAUGAAGUAGAAGACAAACUUACAAGCUUCAUUACUGUUUUCAAAUACAUUGACGACAAAGAUGUAUUCCAAAAGUUCUAUGCCAGAAUGUUGGCAAAAAGAUUAAUUCAUGGUUUGUCUAUGUCUAUGGAUUCUGAAGAAGCCAUGAUUAAUAAACUAAAGCAAGCCUGUGGUUAUGAAUUUACCAGCAAGCUCCAUCGAAUGUAUACAGACAUGAGCGUUAGUGCUGAUCUCAACAACAAAUUCAACAACUUUAUCAAAAACCAGGACACGAUUAUAGAUUUGGGAAUUAGUUUUCAGAUAUAUGUUCUACAGGCUGGUGCAUGGCCUCUAACUCAGGCUCCUUCUUCUACAUUUGCAAUUCCUCAGGAACUGGAAAAAAGUGUACAGAUGUUUGAAUUAUUUUACAGUCAGCAUUUUAGUGGAAGGAAGCUUACUUGGUUACAUUAUCUCUGUACAGGUGAAGUAAAAAUGAAUUAUUUGUGCAAACCUUACGUAGCCAUGGUGACAACAUACCAAAUGGCAGUGUUGCUUGCCUUCAACAACAGUGAAACCGUCAGCUACAAGGAGCUUCAGGAUAGUACACAAAUGAAUGAGAAGGAACUGACAAAAACCAUCAAAUCCUUACUUGAUGUCAAAAUGAUCAACCAUGACUCAGACAAGGAAGAUGUAGAGGCAGAGUCUACGUUUUCAUUAAAUAUGAACUUCAGCAGUAAACGAACAAAAUUUAAAAUUACUACAUCAAUGCAGAAAGACACACCACAGGAGAUGGAGCAGACCAGAAGUGCUGUAGAUGAAGACAGAAAAAUGUACCUUCAAGCUGCUAUAGUCCGUAUCAUGAAAGCACGUAAAGUGUUGCGACAUAAUGCUCUUAUUCAGGAGGUAAUUAGCCAAUCAAGAGCUAGGUUUAACCCAAGUAUCAGCAUGAUUAAGAAGUGUAUUGAAGUUCUGAUAGACAAACAGUACAUAGAGCGAAGCCAGGCCUCUGCAGACGAGUACAGUUAUGUAGCAUGAUGUCGCUCCCCUGCAGGUAUGAUUGUAAGGAGAUCAUUGCUGUCACUGUUUGGUGUGUUCCUGUGGGAAGAGGCAGGCCUGUGCCUCCAUAAUUGGUCACUUGGCAGCCCCUGUUUUUCUGCUGUUUACAACAUCACCAGUGCCAUGUCAUGAGCGUCAAAGAAAAUGCCUAUAGAUAUUUCAAGCUCAUGUCAUUAUGACAUUUCUUAAAACUUUACUAAAAGAAUGAGUGAAGUAUUGCUGAAAUGUGGAAAAUUGGUUGGGUACCAUGCUUUUUUUUUUCCUCCCCUUUCACGUUUGCAGUUGAUGUUUUUUAAUGUAUCUUAAGACAAAGUAAAAAAAAAAAACCUAAAUAUUGUAAUAUGACAGAUAACCUAAUAAUUGUAUCUACAUUAAAAUGUAAAAAAAAUGACGAACAUGAUACUGCUGCUUGUCAAAUAAAAAAAUAAAGUUAUAUAAUGUGUCUCGAA